AUGGCAGGGAGAGAUAAUUCCAAAAACAAAAUCCCAGCAUUGUCUUCAGAUAUAAAAAUGAAGAAGAGGGGUAGGCCUCCAGGGUCGAAGUCAAAUCGAGGUCGAGGACGUUCUCCUUCUCCUAGCCCUUCCGGAUUUCGAGGAAGUUCUCCUUCUCCUAGCCCUUCCGGAUUUCGAGCAUGUUCUCCUUCUCCUGGCCCUUCCGGAGUUCCACCAAAUACAGUUUCUAACGUUGAACUUUUCUUUGAUGAUAUAGUGAAGAAAUUUAACAAAGAAGUCAAAUCUUGUGUUCUUGUUACAAGUUUUUCAGAUUUGGUUUUUUGGUCUGUGAUUUUUCAAAACUUGAUUUGCUUGGUGGUGGACAUGCAAACAGAGACUGGAACAGACUUAGUCGCUUACCAGAUCACUGUGAAUAUUGGGGAGGACUUGGUAGACAAGGUAUCAAGAAUUGCUAAAAGAUCCUCUCAAACCGUUUGCAUACUUUCUGCUGUGGGUUCCAUAUCGAGCGUUGUCUUUCGCAAGCCCGGUCUUCCAAGUACUGAUACUGUGACGUGGGAGGGUUGCUUUGAUAUUUUGUCACUAUCUGGAAACUAUACCUUUGGCCCUGGUCAGGAGAAUGUGCAUGGAGGACAUAACUACUGUAACCUUACAAUAUCUGAUUGUCGUGGAACAGUUUUUGGAGGUUCUGUUGUGGGACCAAUGAUUGUGGCUUCCCCUGUUUAUCUUACGCUUGGCACUUUCAAGCUAGGGAGUGCGGGAAAAACGACAAUACCCGCAUGUGCUACUGCUCCAACAACAUCUGGACCUCUUCUCAUUCCUAAAACAGAGUAUCAAGAAUUAGAGAGUCUCACUACUCCUAAAACAGCUGAUAAAACUUCAGAGUGUGACAUUACUCCUAAAACAGCUGAUAAAACUUCAGAGAGUGUCACUACUCCUAAAGAAACUGAUAAACCAACAGAAAAUGUUACUUCUACCUCGAGAGACGGCGAAGAUCCAAAUGGAGAAGGCGAAAAACAGAGUGUCACUCCUAAAAUAACUGAUAAACCACAGGAGGAACUCAGUUCUGAAACAGUUGAUAAACCACCUGAGAAUGUCACUCCUUCAACAUCUGAUAAACCACCUGAGGAUGUCACUCCUGCAACAUCCGAUAAACCACCUGAGGAUGUCACUCCUGCAACAUCUGAUAAACCACCUGAGGAUGUCACUCCUGCAACAUCUGAUAUACCGUCCUGAGAAUGUCGUUGCUUCAACAUCUGAUACAUCUUUACCUGUUUUGAUGUGCUGCUUCGAUAAAGCAUCAGACGAUGUUCCAAUGCAUCGCAACUAUAGCGGUGACAUGGAUUGCAGAUAAUGCAAACUAUUUCAGGCUAAAGAAUCUAGGGGGCCGCUGUAUAGGUGAAAUACUUUUUUUUUUAGUUUUCUUAGGAGGAGAUCUUAGCUAGCUGAUAAGAAGCUUUUUUUAGGGAAUCACUGCUCUGCCUUUUUAGACAGGGGAGUUAUAACCUUUACCAUUUUGUUGUCUUUUGCUCCUGCA